UUACCUACCUACUACCUAUUACCAUUUACCUACCGGCAUUCAUCCUACCUAUCCAGCUGCCUACCUAUAACGCCGGCCAACUUCGCGCUUCCUUACCUCAGCCACUCCAGUUUCCAUUACCUAGCAACCCAAGUUCCAAUUGUUACGGUCCCGUCCCGCCUUUGCAAUCUCUCGUCCUCACUCUCCCCGAAAAACACAACACCUCGUAGUCACCAUCUGCACCUGGUCAUUACUUUGAACGACAAUAAUUUCGGCCAUAAAUUCGUCUUAUCGCCGAGUCUGCAAAUACCCAUUACGACGGCUAGCAUCUGACAUGUAAUGCCCGCUAUAUUUUAUUCCGGAUUAUUACAACAAUCGCAUUUCGCAAGAAGGCACCGGCUUCGUAGCCGUCGACGAGGGAUAGAUGCGCCUAGCCGACGCUGAGUCUUUCUCCUACCACCCACCGGAUAAGGCGUGCGAAGAUGGCGGAGCGAGUAAAUGCAUUCGUCCGGGUUUCUGGCCCUCCGAAUAGUAGUUUUCUAGUUGGAUACCCCGGCAUUUCGGCAACAUUGCCGCGCAUCGAGGGAAAAGUCGAGAUCAGACCGUCAACGGGUUAUUCCGCACCCGUCGCUAUCUCUUUAGUGCGAAUAUGUCUACACAGAAGGGAAACAAUCCACCCGGCCGCCGAAAAUGUAGCCAAACGUCACCUAGGAACACCUCGACGCGAUACCACCGAUGUCGUUGGAAAGGAACUCUUGUUAUACCGGUGCGCGACAGGCAGGGACGCUGAACAAGUUGUCGCGAUGGAUCUGCCGUUUGUUUUGUUUAUCCCAUUUGGGCGAGGCCAGGAAGAGAUAAACAGAAGAAUACCGCCAGCAUCCUUACAGCUUCCGAGCAGGACCGCAGAGACAUUCUACGAAUUAGUUGUAACAGUACAACAGGGACCGAGCGUACAGAAUCGAUACGCAUUCCCCGUACCGUUGCAGCGUUACGAUACCCUAUCGACCUUUGGAAUGUACAAUCGACCAGAGCACAAAGUCGCGUCUACCGAUAACAUCGUUUCUCUCGGUAUUUCGCUUCCAAGGUGGAGUUACGGACCUAUGGACCCGAUAACAGUAUACGUUAAAUUAGCACCGAAUCUAGACUGGAUGGCGAAGGCGAGGAAAGUUACCAUACAAAAGAUAACUCUCGCAAUCGAAGAGGAGAUUACGUAUAAUCAUGAGGGGGAUGAGCCAACCAAAAAGGUCAACAGGCUACAGAAAUACACCCAAACUGUUGGAACAAAGUUACCUGAGACAGGCUACGUGACGAAUAUGGGAAUUAUCUUUCCUCAUAAGGACCUGAGGGACGCGAACGGCAUUAUUCGAAGGGGACAACCAGCCUUCCCGAAUUACGAAGUCACAUCAUUUACGACCACAUCUACACUCUACAAAAUUGAAUUUUACCUAACAAUCAAGGCGCAGUUAACUUCUGCUCGCGAUAUAACCCUACGACAACCUAUCGUCAUCUGCCCGCUCGACCACCAGGCUUGCAAAGAAGAGAUGGAUGCUAUCGAGCAAGCGGCCAAAGAUGCCUCAUCCAUCGACCCGAACAACCCGAUGUUACCGGCGAGGAAUAUCGUCUUGGCCAACGACCCUAAUGCUAUGGCGACAUUGGGAAUAUGUACAGUGGGAGGGCAGAAGAAGCCGUUGAUCGAAUGAAUAUAACGACAUUUUUAUUUCAUAAGGGCAGAACGAUACACCUUCUGCCACGCUGGGUUACUUGAGGCAUCAUGCUACAUGAAUCGAUCGAUACAACCAGCCUACUCUCUUGUAGGUUUUCGGGUGCUGGGUUGCUU